AAUUCUUCGGGCAUGCGCACUACAACUGUAUUUGUUUUGGUGAAGUGAUUCAGACUCAGUUGAUGCUCUCACCUGAGGUUGAUUUAUUUUACUCUUAUUGGUUACAAUAUCUACAUUCUCGUAAUCGAAGACGUUGGUUAAUACAAUUCACAGAUUUUGUGAUUGAAAUGGGUUUCAACAAGAACAAACUGAAGGUGAAUUUAAAACUAACCAUCAACAGACUGAAGUUGUUGGAAAAAAAGAAAACUGAAUUAGCUCUGAAAGCAAGGAAGGAAAUUGCUGAUUACAUAUCAAAUGGCAAAGACGACAGAGCAAGAAUUAGAGUCGAGCAUAUUAUUCGUGAGGAUUAUUUGGUUGAGGCGAUGGAGAUAAUUGAGUUGUACUGUGACCUAUUACUAGCCCGGUUUGGUCUCAUCGAAACUACCAAGAAUGUUGAACCGGGACUGGAAGAAGCUAUUUGCUCAAUCUUAUGGGUUGCACCAAGGCUAAGCUCAGAUAUCCAAGAACUUAAAGUGAUAUCAGAUCAACUGUUCAUGAAGUAUGGGAAACCCUACUGUGCUGCAGCCAGAGCUGAUGAACAUGAUAAAGUUAACCAAAGGCUAAAGUUGAAGAUGAGUUACCAAGCACCGCCACAGUUGCUGGUAGAAAAUUAUUUGGUAGAAAUUGCUAAAAGCCACAAUGUUCCCUUUGAACCAGAUCCAACAGUACUAUUAAAUCCUGCAGAUGUAGAAUCUUUGUUGAUCGACACAGAUGAAAUGGGUGGGCCCCCUGGAAACAGUAGCUCAGGAAGUGGAGGUGGUGGUGGCGGCGGUGGAUUGGCCCAGCCUAUGCCUCCACAACCAUACCCAUACCCGCCAACUCAGAUGGAUCCUGCAUAUCCACCUAGACAGCAUUUUAGGCAACAUACAGGUCCACCACCACUUCCAGGUAGACCUCCAGUGGCUUCAGCCCACCAGCCACAGCCACCUGUAGUUGGGAUGUCAGUUGGACAGCCACAAAUUCCUGCCCCCUAUCCAGCUGGUCCAGCACCACCUUACACUUCUUUUGACCCGGCAUAUCCACCACCAAUGCCAUCAGCCCCGGAAAAAUCCCAUAUGCCAGCAGCCUCAUUCCCAGAGUUGCCAUCAGUACCAGUGUCCAGCUUUCCUGUAGACAGUGUAGGGAAGGGUUCUGCAGGUGGAGAGGAUGUUGACUUUGAUGACCUUACCAAGAGAUUUGAGGAGCUCAAAAAAAAGAAAUAAAUACACUACAUAUUAAAGACCUAAUUAAUUGGCUCAUAUUCAAUGUAAAGUUGGUCACUUUAAAUACGUCCUCAUACUGGCUUAGUAGAUGCACUACAAUAAAAAAGAAUCACAUUAUUAUUAUUUUUAAAGAUAAAAAGUAUAAUUUAUAUAUUUUGCUUUUUACAAAUAGCAAAAUUCAUACUUGCAACACUACAACCAAAAAUUAUAAAUUAAACAAUUAAAAAUAUUCUGUAAUUAAAGAGUUUACACUACACAAAUUUAUGAACAUGCAAAUAUAAACAUGAAAUGUAAAUAAAAGUAGGCUAAAGAUGUUUUGCAAAUUCUGAUUUUCAUGUUUGAUUAUUAAGUGUCAGAUCAAAUGUGUAAUUUUAGAUUUAACUAUUACCAUUAGGUGGAUGAUAAAGUCCUUUAUUUUUACUGUAUUUAUCGUUUUAUUAACUCUUUAUAUGCAAAUGAAAUCUCCUCUUGGUUAUCUUUUAAUGUUUCUCAUUAUUGAUAUUUUAAAUAUCGUAACAAGCUGAAAGAUCCUUCCUUUGUAUUCAUUGUUGACUUAAUUCAACAGUGUAAUGGACUAGUUUUGCCUGUCCGUUUGCUGCUCCAAAAAAACGGCAGCGUGAACGUACGUAAACUGUUGUUUGUGAGACAUGCGCUUAACCAUGCCUAUUUAAUAAGAUUUGACUUUUUUUGGUCAGUUUUUUUAAGUUUAAUUGACACCUAGAAAGAUCCACUACAAGCUUGAUCUCAACAAAUUAAAUUAAAAUAAUAAUAUAUAUAGAGUACUGCAAAAAAUUACUGAGCAGUUUAUUUCUAUAUUCCGUAUACAUGUUCAGAUAUUUUUUUAUUUAGAUUUAUUAAAAGUUUAAAACUUUUACGACAGUGGGGAAAAAAACCAGUUUUCAAUCUAUGUAAGGACUAUAAACCUCUGUACCUCAAACGAGGCAUUUUUUUUAAAAAUUUUGGUAUAACAAAUACAGUACAGGUUAGUACAUUAGUUUCCAAAACCGUUGCUUCUUGAAGUGAACUAACUUUUUAUAUUUUAUGCAGUUACUUGUUACUUGUAUAGCGCAUUUCCUUGCUGUUAGCCACUCCACAAAAGUAAAAAAAAAAUCUCCCUGAGUAGAGCCAUAUUUACACUAGACACGACAAUGACACGAUACAUAUGCGCGCAGUGUUGAAGAAUACAAACUACGCGAUAUGUCGUAAUCGUGUCUAGUGUAAAUAUGGCUUAAAGCCCCAUAGUACCAAACCCAGACAAAUGUGCAAACUUAAAUAAAACUAGAAAAAAAAAUGUUCGAAAGAAAAGUAACAAACAGAACAUUAAACAAAUACGAUAAGCAAGGUGAGAGGAAACGGUGUGUUUUUAUAUAGGCUUUGAACUGCCUAACCGAUUCGCAAGACCUGAGUAAAAUUAGGCAGACCAUUCCAAAAAAAAGAAAAUGAAAUGUCACCAAUCCGUUUUCAUACGUCGUACCAGAACACAUUCCCUAUACAUCACCAUCCAUGAUAUUAUUUAAAUAAACCAUAGUAGAAUACGCUUUAUCAUUUUAAAAACACCGUUGUUUUAUAAACUUAUAUUGGUACGGAAUUAUUAAUAUCUAAUUAGAAUUUAAUUAAAUAUACACAUGGUGUUUUAUGUAUAAGAAUGUAAAUUAAUAAAGAUUAUUGAAGGAGAUCAA